AUGUCCAAAACCUUCUACAACGUGAUCACACUCGCAUCACUUGCUAGUCUUCUUCACUGCGCAUACUCAGCUGCUCAGCACCGUUCAUACCUACGUCUUACUGAGCAACCCUUUAUCUCACUACCCGCCGACGUUUUAGCUCAGACGAUCAUUUCACUUGUUGCUCUGAUCUACGGUGCUACACACGUUGCUGGAGCAUUUCAGCACAUCAAAAGCGAUCCGGUGAGGGCAUAA